AUGUGGAAGCUCACCGAAGACUUCUCUGGUCGAGAGUGAAUGAAAGCAGCACAGACCAAGGAGAAUACUAUGGAAAGCCAAAAGAUGGCAACUGUGAUCUCAAAAUUCCAGUAGAAACAACAUAGAAAUUGAGAACAGGAGAAAGCAUGGAGGAAGCGCAGUAGCUUUAUUUUUGAGAGGACUGAGACUCAAGGACGACUUGAAUGUCCAGCAUAUUCACUUCAGAGGGUGAGGUAAACAUCUAGAUCAUCUCCAGGCAUGGCUUCAAACUUCACUGACAUUGUCAAGCAAGGCUAUGUACGCAUACGCAGUCGCAAGCUUGGGAUUUAUCGCCGGUGCUGGCUAGUUUUCAAGAAACCAUCCAGUAAAGGGCCUCGUCGACUAGAGAAAUAUCCUGAUGAGAAGUCUGCCCACAUCAGGUCCUGUCCAAAGGUGACAGAAAUUACAAACGUCAAGACUGUCACACGGCUGCCUCGGGAUACGAAGCGACAAGCUGUGGCCAUUGUGCUGAGUGAUAACAGCUCACGCACUUUCACUUGUGAAUCAGAACUGGAUGCAGAAGAGUGGUUUAGGACACUGUCAAUUGAGUGUCUGGGAGCACAGGUCAGUGACAUCAGCAUGGGAGAACCAGAUCUCCUUGCAGCUGGGAUGCAAUGUGAACACACAGAGCGUUUUAAUGUAUUCUUCCUACCUUGCCUCAACUUGGACAUCUAUGGAGAGUGUAUGAUGCAGAUUACCCAAGAGAACAUUUACCUCUGGGACAUUCACAAGCCCUGUACCAAACUGUUCACCUGGCCACUCUGCUCCUUGCGACGCUAUGGACGUGAUGCCACUCACUUUACCUUCGAGACAGGAAGGCUGUGUGACAGCGGGGAAGGUCUCUACACGUUCCAGACCAGAGAAGGAGAGCAGAUAUAUCAAAGGGUUCACUCAUCCACACUGGCAAUUGCUGAGCAGCACAAGAAGGUUCUGCUGGAUGUGGAGAGAAAAAACAGAUUGAUGUUUCGAGGUUCAGAAUCAAACUCCUCCCCAUCUACCCCGACUGCCAUACUGCCCAGAUCAGCCUACUGGCACCACAUUACUGGAACCCAGCUCAGCAUGGACUCCGGCAAUGCCUCAGAAGAGCUGCUGCUGACACAUUCUUUUGCUGCUGAGCACUGUGCUUCUCUGCCCUUUGAAAAUGCGCUCGCAAAGUCCCAGCCCAAUAUAAACUCACAUUGCCAGAGACUUGAGCCAACCUUGCCAGGACACUGA